GUUUCCUUAAGCACGAUUAAGCGCCACGCACUGGUUGGGUCCGGUCUUAGCGUGGGCACGACGCGGGGUUUACUUUAAAAUAGGGAAGCGUGGUUGUUUGAUCGAUCUUCAUUCAGAGCCUGCAGAAAAUCGAUCGUCAGUUGUCAUGGAGGAACCGAGGCAAACAGAGGACGGCCACCCUGGGAUCAAAGGAAAAGAUGUAAAGGCACCAAAUAUCAUUGAGAGGGCGAAGGAAGAAAUUGAGGCGGUUAUUCACAGUGGCAAGAAGACGCAUCACAAGGAAACUCAUGGGACCAGUGGUGACAUUGAUGAGAAUACACCCGUGGACGCGGUGAAAGCCCCUAACGUAUUCGAACGUGCAAAGGAAGAAGUAGAAGCGCUCGUUGAGGCUAUCCACCCACCUAAACAAGAACCCAAACACGACUCACCGUCAAAGCAAAGCGGAGGAUGUUUUGGUUCUCUGGGGAGAAGGUUGGAGCACUUCUGUCAGCCGCAUAGGAAGGAAAGCUAGUCUCUGUUCUUUUUUAUGCUCCAAUUUCUUCAUGUUUCUGUGUUCUUUUCCCCUCGUGGCCUUGUUAUACAUUUAGUUCUGUGCGUUGUCGCCUGUUGGUGGAUGGGGGUGAGUGUCCACACAUAAUUGUAACUUUUUGUAGAGGUUCAAUCUCUCUCUUUUCCUCCAUGGUUUGGUAUAUUUCAGCAGUUCUCUUUCUUUCUUAA